UUUUUCGAAUUUUAAUUUAGGAUUUUCUCCUUCUUCAAGAAAAAGACAGCAAUGCAGUCAAAAUUGCAACCGAAGCAGCAAAUUUAACCAAAUGUGGAAUAUGGAUGAAGAAUGUAACAGCUGUAUGGAAAAAAGACGCUGAGCCAACAUUAAAAGAUAUUUCGUUAAGCAUAAAAACUGGAGAAUUGUUAACUGUUAUGGGUCCUGUUGGAUCAGGAAAGACGUCUCUAUUAAUGUCGAUGUUGGGAGAGAUUCCAAUAAAUUCUGGUAAAGUGUCGGUGAAAGGAAAGAUCGCUUACGCUUCUCAAGAAGCUUGGGUAUUCAACGAAACAAUUAAAGAAAACAUCUUGUUCGGAGAAGAAUAUCAAGAAGACAAAUAUAGAAGAGUCUUGCAUAUAACGGCCCUGGAAAAGGAUAUUCGCUUAUUACCUAAAAAAGAUCUGACUAUUGUAGGAGAAAGAGGAGUGAUUAUGAGCGGUGGACAGAAGGCAAGAAUUAAUCUAGCAAGAGCACUGUAUCUAGAUGCAGAUAUUUUCCUUCUUGACGAUCCACUAAGUGCUGUUGACGUUCCAGUGGCGAAACAUAUAUUCGAAAA